GUCGCUUACUCAGUACUCACCAAUAUUUCAUUACUAUGUAUUAACGAUACUUGUAUAGGUUAUAGGUAUUUUGAAUUUUAUAAGAAUGUGUGACGAUCGAUAAGUGUAACAAUAUUAUUAUUUGAGUGAAAAUUCAAUCGUAAAAAUGUUGUACGAUGAUUUUAAGCCCAUUGUUGAUCUUGUUUUCAACAAUUGGACUGCUUUACAGCUGGCCGUAGAGCAUGGAAUGGGCGCUCCGGGCGGCGAAAAAACAGCUCAACUGAUGUGUGUUUAUGUAGCAAGAUAUUGUGUAGAAAAUGUAGUCGACCGGGACGAUUUAACAGAACUACUAGAGGACUUAAUGGAUGAAGAAUUUGAGACAGUGUGCCACGAUAAUUCACCUAAAGAGGUAGCAUCGUUACUGGUUUUCUACCUGGGCCUUUUAAAAGAAGGACGUCAUGAAGAACUCAGAAAUCAUAUAGAAUCAAUGCCCAAAUGUCAAAAAUGGCUGAGUGAACCAAUACAUGAAUCUAUACCACCUCAAUGUCAUGGUAACCCUGAUGACGAUACCACAAGCAGCGGUGAGGACAACAGUGAUGAAGAAAGUGAAGCUGCAACAAGUGCAGCUGCAUCACAUAAUGAACCUGAACCAAUGGAUGAGGAUGUGGAACCCGGUUGGACCAUGGUCAGGAGCCGGAGGAGGAAAUAAAUUAUUAAUUAAUAUAAAAUAUGUGUAACGUUGUAACAUAAUACAGGAAAAUUUGUUAUACAA